GUCGCAUCUAUCUCAAGAAAUAAAAUGAAAGAACAUCCGGACGGUCAUUAUUGCCUUGCCUCUGUCAAGGCAGCAAGGCAACUUGCUGCCCUGUUUCCAAUCUUUUCAGUAAUUGUGUCCCAAGAUAAUAAAGCCAAAAUCCCACUCAGCAUUCCUGCAGUUGGCAAAACUUUCAAAGCCAUACAAAGUGCUAAUGAGCCAACAACUCUUCCGGAUUAUGAUUUCUCUGUUGGCUCGAAACAGAAGCUCAUUCCUUUCGUUUAUCUCUUGAUUGAUCCAAAUGAUACAAAUGACACCCUUAGAAGCAGUCAACUGUCAAUAUAUAUCCGUUCACAAUAUGAAAUAGGAACAAGUGCUAUGAUGCAUAUGAGCGAUCUACAGUCAUUAGUAAAUAACAGCCAUUUCGACAAUAGGCUAAAGUUUGAUGAUAAAAUUAGACCCAUUUGGGUUCUCACUGUAGAUGAGG